GAGCUGAGUGUGCCGCCGUUCCUCGGCAUCGCGCCCUGCGACCUCGAGGGGGCGCCUCUGCGGGAGGCCUGCCUGGGUCCGCCGUCUCAUUGGGGUCGGCUAUUCGAGUCUGGACAGGUCCUUCGGCCAGCGCAGUACGAGAGAGCUCGAGCAGUCUGUCGAGCACAGAAUCGUGGUCAAGCGGUUCCACCUCCGGACGCAGAGCCUCUGUUGGACGACGUCGGUGAGUCUGACGACGGGGGCGGCGCCCUCGCGCCCGUGGGCGCGGCAGCUGUCGGCGGCGCGGUGACGCGGCAGGCACCGCCCGCCUCCGCCCCGGAGGACGUCAGGAUUCUCAAGAUCGCUGACGAGCUCGGAGUCAUGUUCGGGGGAGGGCGCCUUCCUGCCCCAGACGGCCGCUGGGUCGACGUCAGCUCCGUCAGCGGUCUGGCCCUCGACUCGCCGAGCGGGUAUGCAUGGGUCGUGGGGCCGGAGUUCGGCAUGAUGCUGAAGGGCGGCAAGCUGCGGCUCAUCGCGGACCGCGGGGCGGGGCCGGCCGACCAGGGCGACGACGGCGGGGGGGCGGAGCUCGACGCACGCAUCCUCGAGGUUUCACGAGACCGACUGGGCAAGCGUUUCAAGGAUUCCAAGGUCGCGGUCGAUUUGGUCACGGAGACGGCGUGGGGCUCAUGGCCCUUGACAGGGCCGCGGACCACCAAGUGGUGUUUGCAGUUUAUUCUUCAGACAAGCGGCCACCCGGGGGCUCGGCAUUCAUGGUGGAAGUCGACAUGCUCGCUCUCCAUCGCUGACCCUGGAGUUUCAGAUCACGAGACGGCCAUGAAGGCGGCGGGGUACGCUCUGACCUACGACCAAGUCAACGCCGCGGAGCUAUCGUUCGUAGAGCUCCUCCUUCGGCGGGCCCAGCUGGCCGAGUACCGCUACAAGCACAAGCUGUUAUGGACAGAUGGCCAGGUUGACGCUCUCCUGCAGGACGAAUUCCUGUACCUCGGGGUCGGAGAGACUCGUGGGCAGUUGAUGAUUUGUCCACUGUUGGAGGAGUUUGUGGCGUCGGAGCUCCACCGCGAGAGCACGAUAUCUAAGGAGUCGAGGAAGCUGAACGAGGAGAGGAGGCUGCAGGCAGGUCAGGCUUCUCAUGUGCAUCGACCCCUCGUGGAUGCUGCGGCUGGUCUUCUGACGUUCCCGGACGGCCCCGGAGGCAAGGGCAAGAACGAGGCUGAGCGAGCUGCCGAGCGAGCCGCCGCCAAGGCGCACGCGAAGGGCCUGGACAAGGCCACCGCGGCAGCCAAGGCGCGGGUUAAUUCGGCGGUGGAGUGCUUGAAUGAGAUGUACGGCUGUCCUGUUAAUGCUCCACCUGGUCUGGGGGAAUCACUCGCUCAGCGCCGGAGUGUCGAGAUCCUCGCCGACGUCUAUCGGGCCAUGCCUCCGCCUCCCUGCACCGCCGCGCAAGCCCUCAGCGAGCUUGGCGGCAGCCGCCCGGGCUACGCCGACAGCGACCCCAGGCGCAACUUCCAGCCUGACUUAGUCUCCUUGCCCUCGGUGGGCGGCCUGGCGGACGGCGAGCAGGUGCUGUCCGGCCAGGCUCUUGAACGCUGGAGGUCUGUAUCGACUACCUUGCGGCCAGAGUCCUCUGGCAGCUCAACUUCGGCUAAUGCCCUAAUUCGACCGUACAGCGACCUUUCUCUGGUCAAGGACCAGGUGCGUUAUAGUAACUUCGUCAUGCAAAUGCUGGAGGCCGGUCUGGUCACCACACGUGCUGAGCGCCCAGCUACGGUUGGCAUCUUCUUCGUGGCGAAGAAGGACGGGCGCUUGUGCAUGGUUUUGGACACCAGAGCGGUCAACGACCUCUUCGACGAGCCGGCGCACUCGCGCCUACCAACUCCUGCGUCGUGGGCCUCCGUCGAGAUCGGGCUCGCGUUGGCAACUAGGCUUGGCGUGACCGCGACUGGCUACGUCACGCCUCACCUCGAAGUCAUGGCCGUGGGCUGGUCUUGGGCUCUUUACUUCUGCCAGGCUAUGGCGACGGCCAGCGCGCUCCGCGCGGGCGUGCCCACGGAGGCCUUCCUGCUUGACAAGAAGCACGCGCCCGACAUCACGGGCGACAAGUUCGGGACUGCGAUCUACGUCAACAACGCGGGGGUCAUCGGCACCUGUGACGACGUCGUCAGGGACAUGGCCAGGAAGCUAUACGCCCAGCUCGCGGCCGACGGGCUCCAGCGCAAGGAGCUCGAGCACGGCUCGCCCGAGGCCCAGUUCACAGGCAUGGCGCUCGACCGGGCCUCAGGGCGCAUUUCAGUCGGGCACCGCCGCUGUUGGAAGGUGCGCCUGGCCAUUGCGGCCAUCCUCGAGGACGGGUUCGUCUCGGAGAAGAUCUUGCAUCGCAUCGUAGGGCGCUUCACGUGGUCGGCUAUCUUGAGACGGUGCCUACUCAGUAUCCCGCACUCGAUCUAUCGCUUCAUAGAGGUCGCCGGCGACUCGCCUGUCAAGAUCUGGCCUGCGGUCGCCCGAGAGCUCCGUUGGAUGAUGGCGCUGCUGCCGCUGGCCUACACGGACAGCAAGAGGCCCUGGAGCACGCGGGUCGUUGCGACGGACACCGAGGGGGCCAACGUCGCGGACAACGAGGGGUUCGGCAUCGUGGUGAACCCCUUCGACCUCCAGACUGUGAGAGAGUGGGGCCGGCAGAGCGAGCGCUGGAGGUUCGCAGUCGAAGACGCUGCACAGGCCCGCCGCCGCGCCUUGGCUUCCGAUGGGGAGCCGUCGGGCCCGGAAGUGCGCGCCUCGCUCCAGGCUGCUGUCGAGGCGCUCGCCCGAGCCAGCGGCGACCCAGACGCCCCGCCCGAGUUCGACGACGGGCUCUGGCGCCCAGGCGGCGGGCCUUACACGCUGGGACCAUCAAGCACUUGGCGCGAUUGGGUUGACGACGGGUGCCUCGAGGACUUCGACUCGGAUAGCGACGACUCAGAGGACGAAGCUCUGAAGGCACGCAGUUUCGGCCAGUACUUCUUGGAGGUGAACAAGGUGACGCGUCCUUCUGCCUUGAUGUACGACAGGUACUUUCGGGACUUCCAGACCUGGGCCAGCAACAACGGCCUGCCGCUGAACGCCAGCGAGGACAUCUCCUUCGCGAUGCUCGAGUACCUGGAGGACCUCUACUUCCAGGGCCACAGCCGCGACUCGGGAGAGAAGGUGAUCGCGGUCCUCGGGCGGGCCAAGAUCGCGCUGAAGGGCUUCAGGAGGCUGGCUCCUGGUCUCAGCCGGGCGCCCUUGCCGUGGAUCGGUCUGUGCGCCCUAGUGGGCGCAGCUCUGCGCAUCAACGAGCUGGAGUUCGCGCAGUGCCUGGUGUUCCAGUUUCGGACGUACCUGAGGCCUAUCGAGUGCCGGGGGUUGCGGGUGGCUCAGCUCGUUCCUCCGCUCCCUGGCUCGGGGACCAAGUUCUGGGCGCUGCUGCUGGCGCCCGAGGAAGAGGCCAUCCCCACGAAGACCAAGGAGUUCGACGAGAGCAUCCUCUUGGACAGUCCCGAGCUGCGGAAGUUCUCGAGCCUGUUCAAGCGCGUGUCAGAGGCUGCAGGUCUGGGCCAGGCCAACCUCCACCCGUGCACGACGCGGCGCGGGGGGGCCAGCGACGACGCGCUCAGGCAGACCCGCUCCCUGGAGGAGAUCAAGCGCCGCGGCCGCUGGGCCGCGGACACAUCAGUCAAGAGGUGCGAGAAGCAUGCACGAGUUCUGAAGUCACUGGAGCGCCUGCCCAAGCCGGUGCGGGACUACGGCCUGGCCAUCGAGAGCCAGCUGCGCCAGCUGCUGGCCCUGCAGGCCAAGCCGCCUCCGCCACCCGGGCUGGGCCCGAAGCGACUGCACGGGAAGGGAUGA